GAUUUCUUGGCUUUCAGUUUCCACCAAAACGUCGUGUAGUUCGCAACUUAGCCAAGUCGAGUUGAGGGGCUUGAUCCAGGUGUAGUGGCUCUCAAGUGAUCCACCUAAGCAAGCGUACGUAGUAGCGCACAAGCGACUAUAAGAACAGUUUCUUCGGGUCCGUCUCAGUGUAAUCUUGGAGUUCUCAUUGCAUGUGACGGUGGGUGAUUUAGCGAUAUUCUUACUCCAUGCCACUGCGGAAAUCAUUCAGUGAACUGUGACUAAGAUCAAUUAAUCAUCACGCAAAGGUGUUUAAGCUCAAAUGUCCUCCUUGCGCUUGUACCUGUGAUAUUUGUGCUGAAACUAAAUAUUUAUGUUGUGUGUAAUUAAUCGUAAAGUUCUGGACGUUGAACGAGUAACGAAAAGCGUGGAGCACUGUUUAGAGCACUGGAGUGCCAUCGGUUCAAAUCAACCUAAAACUAUUGUCCAUUCUUACACGUAAUAAACUAAUCCUAAAAUGUCGGCGACAACUAUUUCCCGUAUUCGUCCUGUGACCUCUCAAACUCCACAACUUACCGAAAGUUCACUGACUAGCACCUCACUCAGCAACAGUACAGGUUCUAACAGUGAAUCAUCGGAUCCUGUGGAGUCCGAUUACAGUGAAGAGGAAGUUGAAGAGGAGGAGGAGAGUGUAUCAGACGAAGAGGAGGAAGAUGAGGAAGAGGAAGAAGAAGAGGAUGAAGAGGAUAGUGGAAGUGAAUCAGACGAUGAAGCCGAAAGUGAAGAAGAGCAAUCUACUGGAAGUAGUACGAGUGUCGAGGAGGCCAAACAGGAGCGAAAGUACUUAUUAGAUGACUUUCAAAUGAUCAAAACCAUAGGCACCGGAACAUUUGGCCGGGUUUGCUUAUGCAAAGACAAACAAACAGACACAUUCGGUGCCAUGAAAAUUCUAACAAUGACAGAUGUAAUUCGGUUAAAACAGGUGGAACAUGUUAAAAAUGAAAAAAAUAUUUUAGCUGAAGUCGACCAUCCAUUCAUUGUUAAUAUGCUAUGGUCAACAAAAGAUGAUUGCUGUCUGUAUAUGCUGUUCGAGUACGUAUGUGGCGGUGAAUUGUUUACAUAUUUAAGGAAUGCUGGCCGAUUUAGUGCGUCGGCAGCAAAUUUUUACGCAACCGAAAUCAUCCUAGCCCUAGAGUAUUUACAUUCGCUUAUGAUCGUCUACCGAGAUUUAAAACCAGAAAACUUACUAAUCAACCGCGAUGGUCACCUGAAAAUCACAGAUUUUGGAUUCGCCAAGAAAUUAAGGGACCGGACGUGGACACUGUGCGGCACACCAGAGUACUUGGCCCCAGAAAUCAUCCAAUCCAAAGGACACAAUCGAGCUGUAGACUGGUGGGCGUUGGGUAUCCUUAUUUAUGAAAUGAUUAUUGGCUACCCACCAUUCUACGAUGACAAUCCAUUUGGUAUUUAUGAAAAGAUUCUUAGUGGGAAAAUUGACUGGCCCAAAAAUAUGGACCCAGUAGCCAAAGAUUUAGUAAAAAAAUUACUCGUAUUAGAUAGAACAAAGAGGCUUGGCAAUAUGAAGAAUGGAGCAGAUGACGUGAAGAAACAUCGAUGGUUCAAGAACAUCAAUUGGACAGACGUAUUAAACAAAAAGACACAGCCCCCAAUAAUACCCGAAGUGCACUUCGAAGGAGACACAAGCAAUUUUGAUGAAUAUCCAGAAACAGAUUGGAAAGCGGCCAGAUCUCUAGACGAAAGCGACAUGCAGCUGUUUGAUGAUUUCUAAAACAAUUUUCUCCGUGACGUCAUCAACCAUUUUUUGUAAUUUAUCUUUUUUAUUUUCCUGAACAAGAAUGUUUCUAAAUAAUAUUUAUUUUUUGUACAUAAAUAAAUCGUACGUAUGUAUCCUGUUA